AAAGCUGCGAGUACAGCUAUAGCUUCUACUGAGAAACUAGAAGUUUCACUGGGAAGCGAAAUCAACCUGCGCUUGGGAAUAGGAACGCACAAACCUCUCUGCCAUUAUCUGCUAAUAUAGCAUGAGUAAGCAAGUGAGAUAGGUUAACUUCCGAUCUUAGCAGACGACUACAUCGUUCCUCCCACCAAUGUCUACUUCUUCUCGACGAACUUUGACACUUGCGUUCCACUCCGUCCCGUUCUGUUGACCUGGGUGAACGCCGCUCUUUGAUCCCUAUGUCUAAUGCCGUCAUUUGAAAUACACCGUAGAAAUGUUUGACGCUCUCUUCGGAACAUUCUCGUUCUGUGAAACGUGAAUCAACUUUACAUCAAGAAAUAUUUCGAAUUCAUCUUCUUCUUUCCUUUGUCAUUGUUAUGCAGUAUAUUUUUUAGAGCAUUGUUUUUUGACUUAGAAUGUAAAUUUUCCGUUCCGUCAUGGCUGUAUUCUAUCUCUUUGGUCAUGCCAAUGACUAGCUGACUUUACCGUGAGCCAUGCAAACUUGCUUGCACGACCGGUAGUGCGUUACACCUGUGCAAGUUUUCAAUGUCUAUGGAAGCCGAACUUCAGAUGUUUAUUGUUUACUACUAGUUGCAGUAUCUGUGAAAACCACGGUGCUGGGUGGUGUGUUUGAAAUGUUAUUUUGCAGUCUGUUGUUUAAACUUGUUAUGUAAACAUUGCAGAAAUAUAGUAUUUUUAGGGAUAACCGUGGGUUAUCCAAUUAAGGAUGGCACAUCUGAGCCUCAACCAGUACUUGCAAAGGGUGGAAGAUGCUUGGCAGAACAGGGAUGGUACAACAUUAUCAGAGUACUUGUCGUUUCGACAUCCUCAUGUUGCCAGCAGCAAACUCCAAGUAUCAAAUCCAGAGGCAGCUGUUGAAAAAAUCGUUGAGCCACCACUGGAUGAAAUAGUUUCAGCACAUUUGAGAUGUGUUACUGCUGUCAAUAACCAAGAAUUUAUGCCUGCAUAUAACUAUCAGACUGGGAUGGUACAAGCUGUGACAAAAUUGCUUCAGUCUCAGAGGGACCAGAAUUGGGCCCUACCAGUAAUGUGUGCUGCUUGUUUAGACUUGCGAAUGAUUGCCGUACAAGCAGAUAAACAAGUUACACAUCGCUCUGUGGAGAGCCCCAUGGAAAUUUUUGAGAAAACUGCUGAAUGUCUAAUGGGUUGCUUUAGGAUAUGUGCUGCUGACAACCGAUCGACAGAAAUAUCUACCAAGAGAUGGGGAAUGCUUCCACUUGUAAACCAAUUGUUUAAAGUGUAUUUCCGAAUAAACAAACUCCAUUUGUGCAAGCCUCUUAUCAGAGCAAUUGAAUCAUCCCCUUUGAAAGACAAUUUUUCUCUUAGUCAGCAGAUAACAUAUAAGUAUUAUGUUGGAAGGAAGGCAAUGUUUGACAGUGAUUUCAAAUCAGCUGAUACCUAUUUGUCCUUCGCAUUUGAAAAAUGCCACAAGAAAUGUGUGAGAAAUAAACGCUUGAUUCUAAUAUAUCUGGUUCCUGUGAAGAUGUUACUUGGUUACAUGCCAAAGAAAAAGGUCCUUGCUAAAUAUGAUCUUCUUCAGUUUUGGGAGCUUGUAGAGGCUAUUAGAAGUGGAAAUAUCAGGCAAGCCAAUAAAGUGAUACAGCAGCACCAAUUCUUCUUCAUAAAAUGUGGUAUAUAUUUAAUUCUUGAGAAACUGAAAGUAAUUGCAUACAGGAAUUUGUUCAAAAGAGUGCACUAUAUGCUGGACACUCAUCAGAUUCCCUUGGAAGCACUUCUCAUAGCCCUUAAGAUAAUGGGCACAGAUGAUAUUGAUUUAGAAGAAAUUCAGUGUAUUGUUGCAAACUUAAUAGCUGAAAAGAAAAUAAAGGGCUAUCUGUCUUAUAGCCAUAAAAAGUUAGUUGUAAGUAAGCACAUGCCCUUUCCGGCACUGAGCUCAAUAGUCUGAUACAAAAGGGCAAUAUAUAUCUGUGUGUGUGUGUGUGUGUGUG